AUGGGAUUAGGCUCCUGCAGCAGCAGCAGCAGCAGCAACAGCAGCAGAAGCAGCAGUAGGAGGACACGUUCUAGCAGCAGCAGAAGCAGCAGCAGCAUCAGCAGCAGCACCUGCUACAUCUACAGCAGCACCAGCAGCAGCACCAGCAGCAGCGUCAUGAGCAGCAGCAGCAACAGCACCAGCAGUAACAGCAGCAGCAACAGCAGCAUCAUCCUCAUCAGCAACAGCAGCACCAUCAUCAUGAGCAGCAUCAGCAGCAACAGAAGCAACAGCAGCAUCAGCAUCAGCAGCAACACCAUCAUCAUGAGCAGCAGCAUCAGCAACAGCAGCAACAACAUCAUCAUGAGCAGCAGCAUCAGCAGCAGCAGCAGCACCAUCAUCAUGAGCAGCCGCAUCAGCAUCAGCAGCAACACCAUCAUCAUGAG